CGCUUUUUUGGCGUGCUCAAUGUUUAAAUUACUGACAUAAAUACCCUAGUUGCUGUAAAUAGAGCCAUUUAUUUAGCAUUUGAGCUUCAGAAAUCCCCUCUUUUGCUGCUUUCCUUCUCCUGGGUUACUCCAAGUUAUUUGUGCCUUUGACUGUGACGUGACCGAUUUUCUUCUGGUGGAUACUGAGGCGUUUAGAGAAGAGUUGGGCCUUGUAAGGAGGGAAUCUGAUCGAAGUGCUAGUGUGUUAUCAGGCCACACAAGAACUUGGGAAAGUGGCAUUGCUGGUGUGGACGAGACUGGAGGGGGGAAAAAAGAUUAGCAGGGCUUCACAGUUUAAAAAUAAAACAUCUCAUAAAAGUAAAGUUUCCUUUGAAAAGAAUUGUUGCUAGAUAGCUAGUUACUGUUGUCUUCUCAAGACCACAACAAUUCUGAAACUGAUGAACAAGUUUCAGGUGUUUUUAGGGAAUUGGCAUGUUGUUUAUGGGUAAUUCAAGGCCAGAAGCAGCAGCUUUGUAAUAUUCCAGCAAAAUGUUUCUAAGGCUGGUUUGUCUGGAAAUAAUCCGUCAGUAAUGCUGACAUUUCAUGUGGCACCUUGCUAACAAUGCAUAUCUUAUUCCUGUUCUGUGAAUAGGAAAAAAAAUGAGUGCUUUAUCCAUGCUGUGGUAUGGUGCUAUUUGAGAGUCCUUGUUCCCUGGGAAUGCGUAUUUCUGUAAUAUGAACUUCUAAAUGAAAUCUAAGCAGAAGUGUGUGGAAAAAGUUACCCAAGUUUACAGAGAAUAAUAAAGAGGGAGGGAGAUAAAAAGAAAGCUACUUGUAUUUAGAAGACUUUAGUUUUUGUGAAUGAAGUUAGAAAACUAACCAGAUACACACACACAUGGAUGCAGUGUCUGUAAAUAAGGUUAUUUUCCCCAAGAAAUUCUGUCAUUAAAAACUUAAAACAGUUUUAAAACGUGUUCUAGAUUUGUAUAGUAACAUUUUUACCUAGCCAUAGAUAUUUUUAUGAUUCAGCAUUUUUUUUGCAGCUUUGUUUCCCCUGACACUUGCUUCUGGUGAAAGCUGCAGUUGUAGUACUUUGAGGAAGUGCAGUAUGAAUGGGUCAUUGACUUUGCCAAGGCACGGUCUGCUUUUUUUGUUUGUUUUUUUGUGUUUGGCUUUUUUGCUAUAUGGUGGUUUAGCAGUCAGAUGAUCUGUCUGGGUUGUGGCUAGUCUUUUACUUCUUGAUCCUCUUAAGUAAAAGAAAAAUGCCUUAAAUUAAUUGAACGUUUUUGGAGAAGCCAAAAGUAGAGAAGGUAGUUAAGUGUGAAACUUUUACAAGAACUAAGGAAAUGACACCACAGACAAGAAUGGAGCACCACUUAUGCCUUAUGAUUGUUUUUGUUGCCUUCAGAAUACUUACUGGAGGCAAAUGAGAUGAUAUUGAGAUCCUGUAAACCAGUAUAGUUUCUUUGGUAUUCCAGUUAUUUGAGUAAAGUAAUCCCAGGUUGGGGAUAAAAUAAAUAGCAGUUGGAAAAUAUGCUGUAUCUGGGAAAAUGGUAGCUUGGAAUAAUUUAUUUAUCUUUCACAAUGCGAGAAAGCUGACUUUUUUUGAUUACAGAAAUUAAGUUUGAAUAAGUUUGAGACAACUGGAUUAUGCAUUUGUAUGUUUUGGGUUAUUUUAUAGGCAAGUAAGUGGAAGCGUUGUAGAAAACAGUACACUUGAGAUUUUGGAUGGGACUCUGAGUCAAAUUAUUAAAGAUCUCUGUAAUGCUAAAGACUAAGUCAUUGAGCUGAAAUCAUCAAUAUUUGAUGACUGCAGGAAAGAGGAUGAAUGGAAGAUCAUUCUUUUAGAUGACUAUACGACUAAAUUACUGUCACUCUGCUGUAAGAUGACUGAUCUGCUGGCAGAGGGUAUCACAGUGGUGGAGAAUGUGUAUAAAAACCGGGAGCCUGUUCCACACAUGAAAGCAAUAUAUUUCAUAACUCCGACCAAAAAGUCUGUAGAUGGACUUAUUGAUGACUUCAUCAGCAGAUCAUCAAGCAGAUACAAAGCAGCAUAUGUGUAUUUCACUGACUUUUGUCCUGAUAACCUCUUCAAUAAAAUGAAGUCUUCCUGCUCCAAAUCAAUAAGGAGGUGCAAAGAGAUCAACAUUUCCUUCUUCCCAUAUGAGUCUCAGGUAUUUACUCUCAAUGUCCCAGAUGCAUUCUACCGCUGUUAUAGUCCAACUCUAGAGAAGACAAAGGAUAAAGAUGCUGUAAUGGUAACAAUGGCUGAGCAAAUUGUUACCCUGUGUGCCACACUAGAAGAGAAUCCAGGAGUACGAUGUAAAAGCGCACCAUCGGAUAAUGCCAGCAAACUUGCACACCUUGUUGAAAAACAUCUUGAAGACUACUACAAAACUGAUGAGAAAAGCCAAAUAAAGGCUAAAACCCACUCACAAUUAAUAAUAAUUGAUCGUGGCUUUGACCCAGUAUCAACUGUACUUCAUGAACUGACGUUCCAGGCAAUGGCAUAUGAUCUGCUACCAAUUGAAAAUGAUACUUACAAGUACAAAACAGAUGGACCAGCUGGGAAGGAAAAGGAAGCAAUUCUGGAGGAAGAUGAUGAGCUCUGGGUGAAGAUUCGGCACAAGCAUAUUGCAGAUGUGAUAGAGGAAAUACCAAAAUUGUUGAAAGAAGUUUCAUCAAAAAAGAAAGCAACAGAAGGAAAAUUAUCGUUAUCCAGUUUGGCCCACUUGAUGAAAAAGAUGCCACACUAUCGUAAAGAGAUUACUAGGCAAGUUGUUCAUCUUAACUUAGCAGAAGAUUGCAUGAGCAAGUUCAAGCCUAAUAUAGAAAGGCUUUGUAAAACUGAACAGGACUUGGCUCUUGGAACUGAUGCAGAAGGUCAAAAAGUGAAAGACUCGAUGAGAGUCCUCCUGCCAGUUCUGCUCAACAAAAGCCAUGACAACUAUGACAAAAUUAGAGCUAUUCUCCUGUAUAUCUUCAGCACAAACGGAACUACCCAGGAGAACUUGGACAAGCUGAUCCAGAAUGUACAAAUAGAAAGUGAUAGUGAUAUGAUAAGAAACUGGAAAUACCUUGAUGUUCCUAUUAUCUCUUCAUCUGCUGUUCAGCAACAUAAACAAACAAGAAGGGACCGUUCUUCAGAAGAAACUUUUCAACUCUCUAGGUGGACGCCUGUUAUCAAAGAUGUUAUGGAGGAUGCUAUAGAAAACAAACUAGAUUCAAAAGACUGGCCGUAUUGUUCCCAGUGUCCACCUACCUGGAAUGGUUCAGGAGCAGUAAGUGCUCGCCAGAAACCUAAAGCUAGUUAUCAAGAUGAGCGAAAGAGUAGUGCAAGACUGAUUGUAUUUGUGAUUGGAGGAAUUACAUAUUCUGAGAUGCGCAGUGCUUAUGAAGUUUCUCAAGCCUACAAGUCCUGUGAAGUUAUCAUUGGUUCUACACAUAUUUUGACACCUAGAAGACUACUGGAUGAAGUAAAGAGCCUUAGUAAACCCAAGGAUACGGUCUGCAUUAAGGAUGAAUAGAAAUGGUGAUGUGUUAGGAAAAGACAAAUAGUAUGUACAUGUUCUCAUGCAACUGACUUUUGCAAAUACUGUACUGGGAUACUACAGGGACUAAUGGAAUUUCACUUAUAAUCUGAAGUUGCUGCUUUUGGGGGGGAGUGGAAGGCAGAGAAAGGGGAAAAAUAAUGAUGUGUUUCUUAAGUUGUAUUUAGUACAGGCAGUGGUACACUGUACGUGCCUUUUCAAAAGGGCAUGUUCUUCCCUAACAAGUUAUGAUAAAAGUUAUCAUGAUUAUAUAUAUACUCCAAUUGUUUUUGAAAACUGUGAAACCUUUCUAUAAUAGUUUAUUUCUAAAAAUCACUGAAUUAAAGACUCUAGGUUCUGAGGCAGAGGCUUCAGAAGACAGCUGUAAAUACAAGUUUGUUAAAAAAAAAUAUAUAUGUAUAUUUCACAAAAGUGCAAUGUCUCUAACUUCUCUGUAAAAUAAUUUUAAAUGCAUGUCAUUAUGAAAAAUUAUUUUCUUUCAGGAUGGUUGUGGAUAAGGUAGAAAUCCAGUCAUGGACAUAUUGAGCACUUAAUUUCAAUAAAUAACAUCAGAGAAAUGCUGUGAA